CUUCCCUUGGUGAGGAGUUAAAAAUAAAAUUUUCGCAAUGGAAUAUAUUGCUGAAGUGAAAACAAGAAUAUCAUAAUUAAAAGAAAAUUAUUUUUGAAAACAAAGAACUUUGCGAUUCUUUUGUUAGAUUUGAGUUUUCCUCAAACACAAAACAGAAUACAUAAAAAAAUAAAGGAAUUUAAGUGAAGUUGCUGCAUUAUUACAACAAACGACGAUUACGAUAAAAAAAUAAAGAUACUACUACUAUUUCUUCAAAUAACCAAUUGAAUUAUUGGCCACGGUCUAUCAUUCGGUGCAGCAACGUCCUGCUGAAAGAGGAACUAAAUAAUCAUACCAGCGAAAGUAAAAAAUAAGUGGUUCUUUAUUGAUAAAAUUGUAAAAGGAUCUUCGUAUAAACGUUUUAAUCCUUUGUUCAACGCUAACCUCUAUUAAAAACAGUACUUGGUGGUCUAUAGUUUUAUAAAAAAAAGUUAUAAGUGCAAACGCUGUGGCGUUCAAUAAAUAUCUAUAUUGGGAUAUUCUGCCGAUAUAAAUAAAAACUCAAUACGAGAAUUCGCAUUUACGAAGAACGUUAAGUUGUGCGAAAAGAAAACUUAUUUGAUGUACAUUUUCGACUAUAAUUCGUAUUCUGCUUUGUAUCGGCGGUAGCUACAAAUUAAAGGAACGGGUAAACACAUAAAGGAUUAUAGUAAACAGAAACGUGUUAAAAACACGCAGUGACAGCAUCGUAAAGCGUCAAAACAACGGAGGCAACAUAGAUAUUGGUACACUUCGACUUGUGAAUAAUGAGCCGCCAUGAAGGAGUCAGUUGUGAUUCUUGUCUCAAAAGCAACUUUAAUGGUCGCCGCUACAAAUGCUUGAUAUGCUAUGAUUAUGAUUUAUGUGCUGAUUGCUAUGAGGAUGGCGUUACAUCUACCCGUCAUUUGGUCGAUCAUCCAAUGCAAUGUAUUCUUACGCGUUCCGAUAUAGAAUUGUUUUUCGGUGGCGAGAUGCUCAACUCAGAGCAACCACAAAGUUUCACAUGCCCCUAUUGUAAAAGAAUGGGUUUUAGCGAUGCUACGUUACUGGAGCACGUUUCGGCCGAGCAUACGGAGACCAGCCUCGAGGUGGUGUGUCCAGUAUGUGCCGGACUACCGGGAGGCGAACCGAAUCUAGUCACAGACGACUUUGCCGGUCAUCUAACAUUGGAGCAUCGAACGGGACCACGGGAACUAAUUUCAUUUCUAGAUGAGCCAUCAGCAAUUCGACAUGGUGGUGGGGUACGUCGCAUUCCUGGUCGUACUCUUGGAGGUCCUCGUGCACGUCGUUCUAAUAUGCACUUUAGUUCAUCGAGCGGAUUAUCUGCCCUUUCUCCAUCCGGAAGAGAAUCAGUAGAUCCUAUUGCGGAACUACUUUCACAGUUAUCGGGCGUGAGAAGAGGUGGACCACAAACGUCUCAGCUGCAACAAUUGCAAAUGCAAAUACAAUUGGAACGACAACAAGUGACGGCAACUCGCCAACAGUUGGAGCGUUUGCCCCGACGGGCUCAUCCGAUGGUCUCUUCAUCGAAUUCGAAUGCAACCAUGCCAGAGGUGAUAAGCAGCGGUCCGAUAUUAAGCGGCAGUGGUUCUGGUGGCAGUGGAGGCAGUGGCGCAAGCGGUUCUGGUAGUCUCAAUGGUGGUGGCGGUAGUUCAUGUCGCACCAACGAAUGGACUGUUAAUCCAUCAUUAGGAGCUCAGCAACAAUCGCAGUCAGGUCUGACAGGCAGCGCCGGAAUCAACAACAGAGAAAGUGGCGGCGGAAGUGGUAACGUAAAUGGGGGUAGCGGCAGCAAUGCUAACAAUAUACUCGGCAUGUCAAUUGCUGGCGGUGCAGUGGGUGCGGGUGUUAAUAGCGCAAGCAAUGGGGCUGACGUUCAAUCACAGUUUUUGCUAACAAAAUUCAUGCAGCCAACAUUGAGUGAUACAGAAUGGGCUGAAAUGGAAAGAGAACGAUCUGAUCGAUCACAAUUUGUACAAGCGCUUGUAUUGUCGACUCUUUCCUAUGACUCACUCGACACCAUUGCAAUGGGUGGUGGCGAGACGGAGCGCGAUAAUCGUGGCGAAUCGCAGGAAACCAAUAGUGAUAAUGUAAAUAAUGAGAAAGUCUCAGCAGCGAACACAAAAAGUGAUGCUAAUGCGAGGGAAUCGUUGAUGAACAACAACACCGAUGCCUCUGCACAAACUACAAACACCAGUGGUAGCAGUAGCGUUAGCGCCGGAACUAUGCCUGGUAGCGGCCGCCAGCAGGUACAUCAGCAGCAACAGACCACUCCGGAGGAUAUUGCCGACGAGUACAAACAACUGCAGCAGCAACAACAACAACAGGCACAGCAGCAAACCUACGCAUCAAAGAAGAAAUCAACGAGUAACAGCGGUGUGAGUGGCGGCGCUGGGGGAACAGGCGGUAAACCAACAGCUGACAGAGGCAUUGAACGGCGGGGCCGUCCACCACCUCCACCAGUUGGUGGUGGCGCAGCAGCUGCUGGAUCACAGCCCCAACAACAACAUUCUAGGUAGUGCUAUCGUCCUCAUCAGCCAUGACAUGAACAUAAACAGCAAAUACUAAUAAAACUGCAACAUAAACACAAACAAAAGAAACAUCAAUUAGGAAAACCGCAGCAAAAGUACAUCUACAAUCACAACAACAGCAAUUCCACAUUUAGCACAUGAACACUGGAGACGAACGAUGCCGUCGACAAAUGAAAAAACAUAACGCUGUAAACACAAGUGGGGGCAGUUAAAACCAAAAUAAAAGUGCUUUGAAACCGUAUGCAACGUGGCUAAAGGCUAAAGGAUGAUAUAAUGGACACAUAUAGAAGCAGCAGAUGCAACAAGCAGAGUAAAACAUUAUAAAUAUGGUUUAUUAAAUAUAUUAUAAUUAUUAAAAUUUAUAUAAUUAUAAAAAGAAAAAACAAAAACAAAGAGAAGGCAACCCAACCAACCAACACACCUAUUGUAAUGAAAUGAACUAAUUAUAAUUUUAAAGAAAUUGAAUAUUUAAAAUUAAAGGAAACACUAUUAAAAUAUAAAUAACCAAAUUAUCUGUAGCAUGACCAAUUUGAAUAUACACUACACGUUUAACUGAAUGUAUGGAGACAAAGUAUGUUUAUGUAAAAUGAACGCGCGCAACUAUGUAGGUCGAAGGAGGCAUGAGGUGCGUAAAGAGUAGAGUUCAAAUUGGUUAUUGUGGUUAAAUUGUAUGCAAAAUGCUACGAUUUUGAUAUAAUACAUUUUAGUGUGAAAUUUCGGAAGGUUUUUAGCGCGAAAAGGUUUUCAAUUAUUCUCUAUUUAUGCAACCUGCGUUCAUGUACAUACGUCCUAUUGCAAUAUCAAUAUAAUUACAUAUAUUUAUUUCGAUAACAGUUAGAUAUUUGUUUUCCGCACAGCUUAUUUCAAGAAACGUUUUGUCAUGUGCAAAAAUAGUUCGAUCUUAAAUACGAGAAAUAUGCCUUCUUCCAUUCACCUUUGUUCUAACGACUUUUCAUGUGAUUUCUCAAUUAUAAAUUAUUAGCUAGUAGGGUUAAUUUUGUUUAUAGAUCCAUAUAAGUGUAAUUGAAAUACUUUUUAUUGGUGACAUGGUUUUAAAAAUCAUGCAAAUGUCUGUAUUGAAUUUGGCGAGUUCGUAAAUAUAUAGUACAUCAUCGACCAGCAUUAUUUCUUUCUAUUCUGUUUUAGGAUCUGUUAAUUGGUAAUAAAUUUUGGUAAUUUGUCAAAGCUUAGGUAUUGUUAUUAAGGCAAAAGAAGAACUAGAUGUCUGCUUAAAGUCAUCUUCGGUUAAUGCUUCAAAAACGUAUUUUUGUUUAAAACGUCAGAAAUUACUAUACGCAUACUACGUUAGUGGAAACAAAAAUGUUACUACGGCAGGCGUAACUAUGGAUGCUAAAAUUUCGAAAAGCCAAAAAUGAUUGUUUUUGUUUUUUUUUUUAUUCGCCGAAACUAAAAUUUAUUUAUAUACUAUAUGUAUACGUAGCGAAUGCGUAAAAACAACGGGUUUAUAUAAAUUGUAUAAUUUCAAAGAGUAAAAGAUAAAAUAUUCAAUGUCUAUAGAAAGUAGAUAUAAUAACGAAAAUAUUGAAUUGCGGGGAUUGGUUAGCGCAACUAAUACACAUCUAAUGUUUAAAUGAGUCCCUACGAAACUGGUAAUGAGUUCUUGAAUUUGUGAAUGAAACGUUUCAAAUGCUGAAAAUGAUGAUAUGAUUGUAUUGUAAGAAUAUUUAAUAAAUUUAAAAGUAUUACAAGGUUA